AUUGAAAGGAUCGGAUGUCGAUGGACGCUUAGGCAGCCGAUGAAAGAGAACAGCAGCCUGAGUUCGUCCAACACGGCCGCGACGAAUCAUUACAACGAUGAGGAGAUCGCUGUUACUAGCUGCAGGGCUUCAGCUCGUGCUGGCCACCGGCGGAUCUUGUUCCACAAGUUUGGUCACUAGAGAAGGACUAUUGAAGCUUAGCGAUGCCGAUUGGCAAAGUUCAGUGUCGAAAGGAGCCUGGCUGAUCGAGUUUUUCUCGUCGAAGACCAAAAGCUCCGAUUUCUUGCCUACUUGGGAGCAGCUCGUGAAGUACAAGGCAUCGCUGAGCACCGAUUACCCAAAUGCGCCAUUUAACUUCGCUCAAGUGGACUGCAGCAUUUCUACAGACCUCUGUGUUGGGGAAGGAAUUACGGAAACGCCCAGACUCUUUACAUAUGUCGAGGGCAGCAAGAGCAAAACGCAAUAUCAAGGCAAACGCGAAUAUCUCGACCUUGUCAGCUACGUUGACCGCGAAGCUGCAGCGUUCCGAAAAUUAAAGGGCGUCUCUGAUGAACCUCAUCCAUUACCAUCGUCGAAACCUGCCACUUCUGCUAAGUCGCCUGCUGCUGGAGACGCAGCAGGAGCCUCACCCGCCGCUCCACCUCCACCAGCACCUACUGCGCCAAUUGGCCCGGUAAGCCCGAAUCAAGCCGGCACCUUGACCAAGUUUGGCAGCCCGCCCAUUCCUGACGAUGCUGCUCUGGAACGUUUCCUCUCAAAAGAGAGCAGGCAAGGCCCAUCCUUUGUCAAAUUCUUCGCGCCAUGGUGCCCGCACUGCAAAGCCAUGGCUCCGGCAUACCAGAAACUCUCUGAGACUCUGAAAGGCAAGGUUAAUGUCAUCGAGGUGGACUGCGUAGCGCACAGGGAGACUUGCGUCAAGUAUGGCGUGCAGAGCUUCCCGACGCUCAGGAUGUUCAACAAUGGGCGCGCCACAGAGUACCGCGGAGGUCGCAGUCAUGAGGCGAUGCUCGAGUGGGCAAUCAAGGCGGGCAGCAAUAGCGGGCUGAAGGAAAUCGGUCAUGAUGACAUUGAACGCAUUGCAAAGGACCAUGAUGUGUACUUUCUGUACCUCUUCUCGCCUGAGACGCCGCAAAGAGAGCAGGACAUCGUCGAGGAAGCAUCGUCCUUCCUGAUGAGCAAACAGACAUACGCUUUCCGCACGUCUGAUGCAACGCUUAUCCAACGCUACGCCUCCUACUUGCACGUCAGCAAGAGCUCGAGUCCAGCCAGUGCCGGCGCCCAAUCGGGUCUGCUCGUAUUCAAGGAUCAUAACCAUGAAGUUCCCGUCAGCAGGUUUUACCCAUCUUCUAUCAGUAGCACGCUAAGCGACGAGAAGGCGGUCCAGCAGGUCGCAGCUUGGCUGAACGCUGAGCGAUUCCCAACUGUCUCCGAGCUCAUUGGAACUACGUUUGCUGAUGUCAUUUACAAUGACGCAAAAGCACUCGUCGUGCUUGCGGCACUCUCAGACGUGCACCAUGGUGGCAAUGUUGUCGGCACGGGGUCCGGUUCAGAGGAGCGGGCGCUUGAGUUGAAACUAUUCGAAAAACUCGCUCGGAAAUGGCGCAGCUCCUCACAUCCAAAGGUCAAAGAGAAGAUACUUUUUGCAUGGAUCGAUGCCGACCGAUGGGCGACUGCGAUCAAGACCUACUACAAGAUCCGCCCCGUGGAUGUUCCCCAGGUCGUGCUCGUUGAAGGCAGCCGGCUGCAAUACUACGAAUUGCCGUCGGACUCUCCCGCUGCAGCGCGCGGCAGGCCGUGGCUGGACGAGGCGUCGCUCUUCCAUGGGAUUGAGGCCGUGUCGCAGGGGCGGGUGCGAGCGAAAAGCAGCAAGACCUACAUUGACAGGGGCUUUGAGGUUGCAGGCGGGGCCGUAGCAUCGAUCGUCGUGACCGUUUCAAGGCACCCAUGGCUCAGCUUGGCGCUUUUGGUGGUCUUUGCCGCGGCCUUCUUCUCGUUCUUGCGCCGCGUGGCGGCGAAUACGCAGAAAGAUCGACAGCCGCUUUUGCCAACUGCUUCGAACUGCAAGUUGGACUGAUACCUUUAUAACCUUUUCAAGUGCGAAUGGCCAGGGUUACCACGUAUGCAUCUUGAAGCCCAAUGAAAGUACACAUCUGGCACACCUGCCUUGUCACGGCCCUUCGGGGUCCGGCAGGGCUUAUAAGCGUCAGAGCGGACCCAAAGGCGGAAGAGAUGGCAUACCAUCUUGCAUCGCUCCACUUAUCCAGACCGAGCUCCUUAAAUAAACAAAGACAUUGCGGAAGCAC